ACCAAGUGAAAGUUGUCGGGUGUGGAAUUUCGACAACUGAUAACAAUUAUGGACGAGGUGACAUCCUCGAAUGUAAGCAGUUUCCUGUCCUCGGGGGCGCGCGACACAAUGGCACGAUGCCUUUUACCCAUGGCGAUUGCGAGUGUGCAACAAUGGACGGGAUAGAGUUACACAGCGCGGAGCACACGCUGGUCGUAACAAAGCUUACGGCAAAACUGCGUUCUGUGUGUGUGUCACGCCUAGAACAGCGCAUUGUGUGUGCGCGUGUGCGUUUCGUGCGCGCUGUACCCGUAUGUGUGCCUUUGAGCGAAUGCGUGCAUCAGUCGCGUGCUGACUGGGCACGUGUAUGCGUGCAGAGUCCCGUGUCAUUUUUUUUUCUUCUCUAUUCCCCCCUUUUCACGCUCGCAGCCGCAACUAAAGCCGACUUGGCUCGUGCUGGGCGAAAACAGACAGCUCUUGUCAAGUAGGGCAUCGUCGUCAUCAUCGUCGUUGCAGCUCUCCCAGCAGAAGCGGGGUGACGCGGAUUCAGGGACACAGUGUGGAUGAAAGGACAACUGUCUUCAUCUUACAACUCAAUAGGCAUUGACACCAGCGUCAAGGAACUUUGACAUCCAUUGGAUUAACUACAAUAAUAAUAAAGAGCCAAAGGUGCUUACUGGCAGAUCAGGAUAGUCACAUUGUCAUCAUGUACUUGCCAGGCCACGGCGCCGCGUGGACAUUCGCGCUGCUCGCCCUGCUCCGGAGCCGGGCCGCCCGCUGCUGCCCGGCGCAGUGCGACUGCUCGGCGCACGCCGGCUCCGUGGACUGCGCCGCCCGGGGCCUCUCCGCCGUGCCCUCCGACCUGCCGCCCGGCACCCGCUCGCUGCGCCUGCAGCUCAACGGCAUCGCCGAGCUGCCCGACGGCGCCUUCGGCGCGGCGGCGCCAUCCCUCGAGCUGCUCGACGUGUCCGGCAACGGCCUGGCGGCGCUGCGGGCGGACGCCCUGCUCGGGCUGGUGCGCCUCCGCGAGCUACGGCUCGCCAACAACAGCCUGCGGGCGCUGGCGCCGGGGGCCCUGCGCCACUCGCCGGCGCUCCGGGAGCUCGACCUCUCGCUCAACGAGCUGCCGCGCCUCCCGCGCCGCCUCUUCUACGGCCUGCGCAACCUGAGCCGCCUGUCGCUGCGCGGGAACCGGCUGGCGGGCGUGGAGCGCGACUCGGUGGAGCCGCUGGUGGGGCUCCGCUCGCUCAGGGUGGCCGGCAACCCCUGGAGGUGCGACUGCUACACGGCCGAGCUGCGCAGCUGGCUCGAGUGGUACACCUACCGAGGAGGGCUUGUGGACGAGCUUCACUGUGCCCUGCCACAGGAGUUCAAGGGCAGGAACCUGCUCUCCAUCCCCUCCGAGGUGUUCUUCCUCUGCUCCCUCGCGCGCGACGGCUCGCCCUCGAGGGGGCAAGGUGGAGGAGACCGGGCGGGCAGCGUUCAGAGCGGCGCGGCGCCGUGCACCGUCGCGUCCCGCAACCCGCCGGCGAGCGUGCGCAGGGCAGUUGGCACGCUCGCCGUGGCGGGCGUCAUCUGCGGCGUCAUCUCGCUCAUGAUGGUGGUGGCCGCCACCUACGGCUGCCUCUACGCGGCCAUGAUGUCAAAGGUGCACCAGCCCGAGGCCGCCGCCUGCCAGCUGCUUGUCCGCGACGCGUCCGACGAGAACCGCGACACCAAGGGGCCGCUCAACCCCGGCACGGCGUGAGGGAGGGCCACCGGCCCGCCCCCGCCACGCCUCGGCUCCCGAGGUACCGGCGCGACCGUUGGCGGGCCAUCACGACGUUGCCACCACGGGUCGGCGGUCUCAAAUAAAUGGGCCGCGUAGUGCGCCGCUUCCCGCUUCGACUGCUUAGGCCUGUGGGCCUCUGUGUGUGAGCCCGCGGGUCCCGUUGUGAGUCUGUGAAUCUCAACGCGAGUCCGUAUCUCGAAAUCGCGGAACACAUCGUUCAACGGCACUGCUGCCCGCUUCGGUCGGUCACCGGCAGCAUUUCAGAUAGUCACCAGGCUACUCGUGAAGCCACCUGCUUGCUGACCAACAUCGACAUGAAAUUGCAAACAUUAAUGAUCUACUCCUCCCCACCACACGAGAGAAGAAGGGGAUGAUGCAGCGAUUGUUAGGGCCUCGACGCCCGGCCACAGACCGCGUUUCUGAAUCCGUGCGCGCCAACUUAUAAGUUUGGGUGCCAACUCUGAGGUACAAGAAACCGGGACAUACUACGGCAAGAAGAAUAUCUCACAACACCUGAAGAGGGAAGAACCACGUGGUUGCGCGGUGUAUCAUUGUUGUUAUUAUUAAGAAAGUGGCAAUAACUGGGACAUUCUAUGUUCUGAAAAGAUUUGAAGAUUUUUCCAGGGCAGCUUCCUGACAAAAAAAGUGUCGAUACUGGGAAAACCAGGUACAAGUGGCAACUCUGCUCAAACAGAAGCACUUUGGCAGCCAGCCUGCAUGAAAGUGCGCUUUUCUAUUUUAUUUUCCAACAAAAAUGAACGGAGCUUACCCGAGCGCGUUAGUGAUGCCCUCCUGCGGCACAGCAGCACUUAUUCGCCGCCGGAUAAACAUCACCUCCAGCGUCGACGCUUUACGACUUAGGUAGCAAUUAGGUGUCCCUGCGCUUGAUGGAACUUGAAGCUGCGAUGACUAAAAACAAUGGUGGUCUAAUAACCUCUCCGCGGCUUGAGCGGCGAGUGUAGAAUGUUAAUUUGGGGGGGGGGGGUGGUGGAAGUGAUGCAGAAUGCGUAGCUUGUAUGCACCCAGAGGUGCUUUCAAGGUGGGAGCAACUUGUAUUUGGAUCCACGGGUGAUUUGUACAAUGGUGAAUUCAACAAGAGAGCACGUUUUCCAAAGGCCCCACUUGUCUUCCUCCGGGAAAAAGCCAAGAUCCUUCCUGUCCUCUUCAGAUUAACGACCGCUGAUGCGAGAUGCCGGCUGCGUCUCACAGGGAUGUGUGUAGGUUCACAUGUUUUAAAUGAUAAAUUGGGAAAACAUCGACGUUUUGCGAGAAUUUUAACAAUGUCGAAGCUUUGUGCGGUUACGCGCACGUCACGAUGCCGUUUAUUUAACCAGGAAAGCAUGAUAUCCACAGGAUUCUUUUUCACUAGUUUCCUGCAAUUCCAAGAUUGAGUGUUUGGCGUCAUGUGGGAGGAACCCAGAGGGUUACCCACAGAAUUCCCCGCGCAAUGCGAGGGGAUGACACGAAAAAGCUCGGCACAGAUGGAUUCAGUCCGCCACUCUGCUGCCAUCUUCUGGCCACCUUGCGAACCAAGCUGGCAACACCAGCAACUCGCGAGGCCGUCUCCUACCUAAGAACAAACCAGAGGCUCGAGCAUGAUUCGCUAGCUCCUGAGUCCUGGCGAUAUUGGUCACAUUCAGGGUCAUAUGGUCAUAAGGCCAUGUUUGAUGUAUUUGUUGUAAAACAUAAUGGUUCAAGUGCAAUAAGAUAUGAAACUGAGCAGGCACUGAUGGAAUGUGACAUGAUUCUUGAUGAUACACGUAUAUAUAUAUAAAAUCACAAUCAAUACCAUGACAAAAUAAUUUCAUAUUGUCAACAUGGAACGUUUUCGAAUUAAUUUUCAGGUCGAUAGUAAUUGAUUUUCCCUCCAAGGUUGUAGUUUUUUUCUGACCUCCAUCUCCAACCCUCUUGUUGUCUCGCUCAGUAACUCUGGGGCUAUGCUCAUGCAUCUAUGGCGAAAGGCACCCGCCCGCCCUUCACGUCUCAUUCUGCGAAUUUCUCGCCACCAGACAAAUUCAGAUACGGAAUUCUAUUUGCGAUCAUAAUUAACUUACCAGAGAAAUGAAACGUUGAAAUUUGUAUCAGUGUUGUUCAAUGUCCAGACCGCUGACCAGAAUUUUUUCAAUGUUUUCUGAAGGUGUAGUUCACAUUGGAUAGUUUGUUAUAUAUACAUAUACAAAUGAUAAAGAAUGAAACGUGUCCGAGAAAAUGUGAGUUAUUGGAAUAAGUUAAUUAUCUUGGGAAUGUUAACUUCUUAAAAUAACCUCCGGUAUUUAUUAUAAAGUCUCGUGUGUUUCUGCUGCGAUGCUUCACUUCAUUUGUACAGCAGACAAAGAGAGAGAGAGUUCACAGAUAAUUUGACAAUAAGUCAUUUUUCACCCUCUGUGAGUUUUCCGGUUGUUUGGUACGAUGCCCGACGUUCCGCUCCACCGCUCUGUUAGGAGCGGUACAAACAAAACUAAACACACCGGAGAGCUGGGAAGACCUUUGCAGUAGUAGCACAUCAUAUUCCUCGUUUAUUGAACGGCUAUAUUUAUAAUUUCAUGAUGAAGGAUGGUCUGUAUUUUCCAGCUUUCCCCACUCCAAAUUCUUCCUGCAAAGCAAGAGCGCUGCUUUGUGUUCAAGUUAUUCUGAGCACAAUUAUUAAGUAGCUGCCCCUUCUCAAGCCCCCCAGCUGUUUUCCUGAAACACGAAGUAUCCAGUGAGCCUCCGCACGAAUGCGCCCGUCUUUCCGUGGUUAACGCUUUUUUUUUGUUUUUGCACAGCCAGAGCAGUUAGUCCCCCUUCACCAUCGCGUCGCAGUGCUUGCUGGCGAGUCGUGGAGGUGAUAACCGACUGGACGAUUGAAGCCCCACUGGAUGACUUUUGCAGAGAUGGAGUGAUACAAUCAGCACGAGCGCGAGAUGGGUGGUUGCAUCGCAACGUCACGAGAUAAGGCAGCAGCUUGGGAAGGAACUUGUCGAGCAGUGGAUAGAACGUGGCUGAUGAUGAUGAUGAUGAUUAUCAUGGGGACUUUUAUUUGCAGCCCAGUGGCGGUGAAUCGAGCUUGUACUAAUUAACUGAAUAUUGUUCACUGAUUGAGGUUACGUUUGCUUCACGAAUAGCUCAUGAGUGCAUAACGCAUCCAAGAGUCGCAUCCAUGACUUGACAGGGUGACUUCCCAAAAUUGGUGUUAUUUUUCCUUAAGUGAGCAUAGCUGAACUUGCGUAGAUUAUUACAAAAAAUCGAUGGAUGUUUUAGUGCCUUUUCCUUUGUAAACGACAUACAGAAUAAGCAAAAUUGUUCAAAAUAAAGUAAGCUACAUAUUUUAUAUUCAGUUUACCUAAAUCGUAUUGCUAAGCCAUUCACAGAGUGUCUUCCAUGCAACAGCAAAGUAUAUUUUGGAUGCUACGCACUUAUCCGCCGAUGCUUUUACUUAGACUCUCCCUCGUUACGGAUGCCCCUGAGAAGCAUAACCCUCACCGUCCUCAAUAAAUACCGCGUUUCGUUUAA